AUGACUGGGUAUAUAACGGAGAGUGGUGUGCAUUCAUCACUCAGUUCCCCGGGUGAUUCCAAACAGCCAACAACAAUGAGGCUGGCGGUGGUCGCCCUGGCCGCGGCCCUCCUCCUGGCGCCCUCCCUGGGCAGGCCUCACAUCAGCAGCUUCUCCUCCAGUACCUUUCGAGGAGCGGGAGGCCACGGCGGAGGCACGGCAGUCAGUACUGGCUCCAGCGGAAGCUACGGUGGAGGAGGAUCAGGUGGAGGAGGCUCCGGUGGAGGCUACGGCGGAGGAGGAUCUGGUGGAGGAGGCUCCGGUGGAGGCUACGGCGGAGGAGGAUCUGGUGGAGGAGGUUCCGGUGGAGGCUACGGCGGAGGAGGAUCUGGUGGAGGAGGCUCCGGUGGAGGCUACGGCGGAGGAGGAUCUGGUGGAGGAGGUUCCGGUGGAGGCUACGGUGGAGGAGGAUCUGGUGGAGGAGGCUCCGGUGGAGGCUACGGCGGAGGAGGAUCUGGUGGAGGAGGCUCCGGUGGAGGCUAUGGUGGAGGAUCUGGUGGAGGAGGCUCCGGUGGAGGCUACGGUGGAGGAGGAUCUGGUGGAGGAGGCUCCGGUGGAGGCUAUGGUGGAGGAUCUGGUGGAGGAGGCUCCGCUGGAGGCUACAGUGGAGGAGGAUCUGGUGGAGGCUACGGUGGAGGAGGAUCAGGUGGAGGAUCCGGUGGAGGCUACGGUGCAGGAGGGUCUAGUGGAGGAGGCUCUGGUGGAGGCUACAGUGGAGGAUCUGGUGGAGGAGGCUCCGGUGGAGGCUACGGUGGAGGAGGAUCUGGUAGAGGAGGCUCCGGUGGAGGCUACGGUGGAGGAGGAUCUGGUGGAGGAGGCUCCGGUGGAGGCUACGGUGGAGGAGGAUCUGGUGGAGGCUCUGGUGGAGGCUACGGUGGAGGAGGGUCUAGUGGAGGAGGCUCCGGUGGAGGCUACGGUGGAGGAUCUGGUGGAGGAGGCUCCGGCGGAGGCUACGGUGGAGGAGGAUCUAGUGGAGGAGGCUCUGGUGGAGGCUACGGUGGAGGAGGGUCUAGUGGAGGAGGCUCCGGUGGAGGCUACGGUGGAGGAGGAUCUAGUGGAGGAGGCUCCGGUGCAGGCUACGGUGGAGGAGGAUCAGGUGGAGGAUCCGGUGGAGGAUAUGGUGGAGGAGGAUCUGGUGGAGGAGGCUCCGGCGGAGGCUACGGUGGAGGAGGAUCUAGUGGAGGAGGCUCCGGUGGAGGCUACGGUGGAGGAGGAUCCGGUGGAGGAGGCUCCGGUGGAGGCUACGGCGGAGGAGGAUCUGUUGGUGGAGGCUCCGGUGGAGGCUACGGUGGAGGAGGAUCCGGUGGAGGAGGCUCCGGCGGAGGCUACGGUGGAGGAGGAUCUGGUGGAGGGGGCUCCGGCGGAGGCUACGGUGGAGGAGGAUCUGGUGGAGGAGGCUCCGGUGGAGGCUACGGUGGAGGAGGAUCGGGUGGAGGAAGUGGAGGAGGAAAUGGAUACGUAGCCAAAGCAACUGUGAAUUUCAACUUGAAAAACAGGAAUGGAGGAGGUAGAGGCUCCGGUGGAUCACGCGGCUACGGCAAGUGAUCGGCAGGGAAUGACAGCCACAGCACCAGCAAGGAAACUAAACACGAUAAUGAAGGAUGAAGAUAAUGAUCACAAGAAAAAAUAAAUGCUUCAUCCUCUCUCUCACACACACACACACACACACACACACACACACACACACACACACACACACGCACACACGCACCCACAAAACUAAUCCACUUCCCUUGACAAUCCUGUUCUUGUACAUAUAGUUAUGAAUUACUGUGUAUAUGUGUUUGCUAAAUACAUUAUAUUCUUUUACUG